GCUCGCUUUGAUAGAAACGAAACAGUGAACAAAAGUGCUAACCCAACCUCAAUAAUACCUUGCAUAUCUCACUGAGGUCCCCAGGUAUACUUUUGGUUCGCAUCCCGGAGUUUGGUACAGGAAAUUCAAGGACACAAAUCGCACCACAAGGGCCAGGAUUAUUUUUUUUGUUAAAAAAAAAAAAAAAAAACGGCUUGCUUCAGUUGGCAAAUAAUACUGGGCUCGGCAUUCAUACAAAAUGCUCUAAGCUCCGCAAUGCAACAAACCGCAUGCGCCUCCAGCCUAAAAAAAUAACAGCAACAACAUAUAUCCCUGGGUUGCCUAAUCUAUAAGGUACUCUACCUUCCGGUGUAGAGCAACCACCAAAACCAAAACAACCCAAAACAUAGGUCCGACGUUAUGGCUUCCACCCCCGGCCCCAACCCCGCCCACCGCUCCGUGGCUAGCAUCCGGGCCGGCGGUGCAGCGGGCGUCGGAAGCCGCACCACCACGGGAGCCCAGGACCCGACUUCACCAACAGGGAGUCCACACACGCCUCUCCGUGGAAUCUCGUCGACCUUUGCCUCGCCGUCUAGUCUGCGUGCCGAGGAGGAUACCAUCGUGGUAGAGCUUGGCGCCCGGCGAAUGCGCGUAGGCUUUGCCGGCGAUCCCUUGUGCAAAGGAACUGUCGAGUUUGGGCCAGACCAGAUGCGCCGCGUCGGCGACUUUCGCGCCUGGGAGAGGUCCUAUGUGGACGACUGGAGGAAGAGGGAGGAUCCGGGACAGCAGCAGGACUGGGGUGCGGAUCGCGAACUAUGGCGUCUUGAUCUUCGUGGACUGGACCUGGGCCUCGUUGCCGACAAGCUCGAACGCGGUUUGAGGGACGCCUUUGCCAAAUAUCUCCUCAUUGACUCGAGACCACGGAAAAUGGCUCUGGUGCUUCAAACGGCGAUCCCCAUACCAUUGUUGUCGACAGUACUUGAAACGCUCUUCACCCGCUUCCAAUCACCCCAAAUUUCCUUCUUCUCACCCCCGGUCAUGACCGCAGCUGCUGCAGGGUUGCGCGCGGGUCUAGUUAUAGACCUAGGCUGGGCCGAGACCGUCGUCACAAGCGUGUACCAGUAUCGUGAGGUCCAAUGUACUCGAUCAGUCCGCGCUGGCCGCGCCCUCGUCGAGCAGACUCAUCGCCUGCUUGCUGACGAGAUGGCAAACCCAGGACACAGCAGAUCACGGCUGAAGGAUGGGGGAGCAAGUGGCGACAACCCGUCGAAGCGACUGAUAAGUUUCUCCGAAUGUGAGGACAUAGUGUCACGAAUCAUAUGGUGUAGGCCUGCAGGCGGUUCAGCACGUCAGAAGCCGUCCGACUUGACCGAUGGCCUCCCGACGGUUGCCGAGGAGCAGGAAGACGAGCCGCCACAGAAUCAAGUAGACAGUACCCCUAUCGAAAUCCGGCUGACCUCUACCAGCCCACCCACAACGGUCACACUCCCUUUCGACCACCUCUCAGAGCCCUGCGAGGACACCUUCUUCGAGACACAGUACUCGCGCGCCAGCUUCGACGACCACGAACAGCCCAUACACCUCCUGGUCUACAAGCACCUGCUCAGCCUCCCUAUCGACGUCCGAUCCAUCUGCAUGUCUCGAAUCAUCUUCACCGGCGGCUGCUCUGCCGUCCUAGGCCUCCGGGGCCGCAUUUUCGACGAGAUCACCAUGCUCAUCCGUGAGCGCGGCUGGGAUCCAAUCUGGGGCAGGGGGAUCGAGCAGUACCGCAACAACUCCAGAUUCAAGAAGAAUAACGGCGGCGGGGACGACCAAUCGACAACGGUCACCGAUAAGCCUGGCACUGGCGGUAACGGUGCUGCCGAUGCCAAGCCGGCCCCGGACCCCGUCGAGGCCCAGAUCAAGCGCUCGUCCAACAUUGACGCAAAAAAGAUGCGCGACGCCGACGCCGCCUCGACUCACGGCGAGCUGCGAGCCAUUGAGUCUCUCGGCCCCUGGGCAGGCGCAAGUCUCUUGGCCCAUCUCAAGCCGCCUGUCAUCGCCUCCGUUGACCGCGACCAGUGGCUGGCCCAGGGUGUCGCCGGAGCGGUCAGGGCGGCCGACGUUGACGUCAAGGCCACCGGGCAGCAGAGGCAGAGCAUGGCUACCGGCGGGCUCAUGGCCAUGCGAUCCGCAUCUGGUGCAGGGGGCCCGGCUGCCGCGAAUUGGACCUUGGGCGCUUGGGGCAACCUUGGUCUUUGAGCCAAGGAGGGCACGCAACAUGAUAUGUGGACAGAGAAUGGACAACUCUUUUACUGUGCGAUUGUUUAAUAAAGAGGUGACUGUUCUGUUUUCGAUCUCGGGCUUUCAUAGGCUUUCGUAGUAAAGACAAUUCGAUACCCCAAACCAUAUGAUCCACGUUUCUUUGUAUACUGGUCAUAUCACAAUUAUAUAUUGGC